UCGAUUGAUUGCAUCUACUGCGCGUUCUCUCGAGCAUAUUUCUACAAAUUUCCUUAUUUAUUGUUAAUUUUUCGUUGCACGGCAAUUAACACAAUGCUAUGGCCACAAGUACGUGGUAAUGAAGCUGUUUACAAUUGAAGUGCGCGAUUUCGGCCAACAGAAAGUACGUUACGAACACCCCAAUUGUCCCCGUCCAUUCAUCCAUCCGUCCCAGUCCAGCCAUCGGUCGGUGCCAGGAAUAGCAUAGCCCGCAGCCAUGGACGUUGUUUGUGUAAUUGAUACCGUCGUGGGCGAUCAUCUGGAAGAUCGCAUCUGUGCCCUGGAGGAGGUCAAAAGGGCAGUACAGGCUGCCGGUGCUAACUUUCAGCGUGUGCAGUUUGAGAAAUUGGACUUCGGCGAGACGAAUGUGAUGGAAACAUUCUACAAUGCCGAUGUUGCGGUUAUAGAUUUGAGUGUUUUGGCCCAGCAGCGACCGCUCUCGUAUCACUACGGGGUGCGGGAGAGUUUUGGAAUGAAGGAAAUCAUCUUAAUCUACAACGAUGUGGAAUCCAAACAGACUCUCAGCCUUAAGGUCUCUUGUGGCAAUUACUUGUUUCUCAGCUACAAACUGAAUGCAGAGACCAAUAGCUGCCUUUUGACCAAUCAACCCAACAGCAAAGAUCAACCCGGAGACGGUCGCGUGGGCACACUGCAGUGGCGUCUGCGUCGCAAGCUUCAAGAUGUGGAAAUACAAUCAAAAGCACACAUGCGGGAGAAAUUUCUGAGUGAUAUGCGCACAGCCAGGGAUACGUACGCCACGAAUGGGGCCAAACUGCAGACCAUACUCCAUGAGAUGCGCAAGCGUCUGGACGAUCCGCAUGUGCUCUCCGGCGAAGUGGUGCACAGUUUUAUGUGCUCGCUGCGGGAUGUGCAGGACUACGAUGCCAUGGUGCGGCUGGUCAAUGAUCUGAAAAAUAUACCAAACACCCGCAAGUUUGUGGAGGCGGGAAAUAUGAGUUUCCUCUAUGCCUUUGCCCUGAAUCGCAGAAAUCGAAAGGGAGACAGAGAGAAGGCCCUGGAGUCAUCACUGAAAGCGCUCGAGAAAAAGGAGAACCACUUCCCGGACAUGCUGUGCCUAUGCGGACGCAUCUACAAGGACAUAUUCGUGGAGUCGGACUACACGGACGCCACCAGCCUGGCGCAUGCCAUUAAAUGGUACCGCCAGAGCUUUGAAGUGCAGCCGAACGAGUACGCGGGCAUCAAUCUGGCCACCCUGCUGGUCAUCGAGGGCAAGGAAUUCAGCAACACGGAGGAGCUGCAACACAUUGGCAUGACCCUGAACAAUCUUAUCGGGAAGAAGGGCAGCCUUUCGACGCUCAGUGAAUACUGGGAUGUGGCCACAUUCUUUGAGAUAUCCGUGCUGGCCGAGGACUAUGCGAAGGCCAUUCAGGCGGCCGAGUGCAUGUUCAAGCUGAAGCCCCCGAACUGGUAUCUAAAGUCAACUAUUGGCAACAUUUCGCUGAUCCACAGGUUCCGCAAGAAGCCCGAGGAUCGCAUGCCCACCAUCGAAGAGCAGGUCUUUCAAUUCUGGAUGGAUUUCUUCCUGGAGGCCACAAACACUGAGGAGAUUAAGAACAGCAUACGAUUUCCCAUAUUGAUACUCGAACCACAGAAGAUCUACAUGCCCAGCUAUGUGACCAUCAAUAUGGAUGCGGAUGAGAAAUCCAUUCAGAUUGUCAACAUCUGUCUGGCCCACUCCAAAAACACCUGCAAGAAGCUCCACGACUUCCUCUUUGUUGCCUCGAAAAUCAAAUCUGUGAGCCUGUACAAGCGCGACGAUCGCUGCGCGUAUCUUUAUGUCCAUCACAACUCGGAUGACUUUCAAAUCUACUUUCCGUCGCCCGAGUGCCGGCAAAAGUUUUACGAUUUGAUACUGGAAAUGACGGCCGAUCAGGAGGUGUUUGUUAAUCUCAGCAAUGAUGAUGCACAAAUAGAGUACGAAUACGAUUAUGAUGAGCAGAAUCGCAAGAUGGUCCUGGGCAAGGGCACCUACGGCACGGUGUAUGCCGCCAGGGAUAAGCAAACGCAAGUGCGAAUUGCCAUCAAGGAGGUGCCGGAGAAGAACUCACAGGAUGUGCAGCCACUGCACGAGGAGAUCAAACUGCACUCGCAGCUGCGGCAUCGCAAUAUCGUACAGUAUUUGGGCUCACGCUCGGAGGAUGGUUUCUUCAAGAUCUUCAUGGAGCAGGUGCCGGGCGGCUCACUCUCCGACUUGCUCGAGACCAAAUGGGGUCCGCUCAAGGACAACGAGUCCACCAUGGCCUUCUACUCCAAGCAGAUACUGGAGGGACUCAAGUACCUGCACGAGCAGGAUAUUGUCCAUCGCGACAUCAAGGGCGACAAUGUGCUGGUGAACACGUACAGCGGGGUCGUCAAGAUCUCCGAUUUUGGCACCUCCAAGCGGCUGGCGCGCAUCAAUCCCAUGACAGAGACCUUUACUGGCACCCUCCAAUACAUGGCGCCCGAGGUGAUUGACCAAGGUGUACGUGGCUAUGGCCCAGCGGCAGAUAUCUGGUCCUUUGGCUGCACAAACGUAGAAAUGGCCACCGGCAAACCGCCCUUUAUUGAGUUGGGUUGCGCCCAGGCGGCCAUGUUCAAAGUGGGAUACUACAAGAAGCAUCCAAAUAUACCCGUGGAGCUGUCCACGAAUGCCAAGAAUUUUAUACUGCGUUGCUUUGCGAUCAGCGUGUUGGACAGACCAUCGGCCUCGCAGCUGCUGGAGGAUCCGUUUCUGGCUGACAAACCACGAAAACCGAGACCUGGGUUACCCAUUAAUACCGACUUUGGCAGAAGCAUUUCGGUGCCAGCGGAUCGCCUGAUACACAAGACGACGCCUCCAUUGACCUACAAUACUACCUGCAAUACGCCCACCACACCAGAGUUGGACGUUACUCACACAUCUUCUGUGGAUAUUGAUGAGCUGCCCAGCCUGCUGGAGCGCCGCAACUCUUCUGGAUUCCUGCUCUCUCCCGAGAUUGAACCCUCAACGCCAUCGCUGCGCACUAGCAUCAGUGAGACUAGCGAAACGGAUGGUUUUUAUAGGCUGAAAAAAGACUCGCAGCGACGCACCACUCUAUCGAAAGUCCUCGCUUUGGAUGAGUCCAAGAUCUGCGAUAUUUGGCUUAAGAAGAUCGAUGCAGAUCAGAAUUCGAUUGCCAUACGGAAGAGCGAUCUUGAGGUUCUGAUACGCGGAUUGAGGGACUACAUUAUGAACGAGAAUGAGAAGCAUUUGGAGGCCACGAUCAAUGAGCUGAAGCAGAAGCUAAACAACGAUGCAGUGGCCUUGGAUCAUCUCCAUUUGGCGCUGUACUCCUUUCAGGAUGCAGUCGUCUGUGUCCUGAGGUAUCACUGCAUCAAGCCGCAUUGGAUGUUCGCCUUGGAUAAUCUCGUGAAGCGCGCCGUGCAGGCAGCCGUCACCAUCUUCUCGCCGGAGCUGGGGGCCAAUCUGGCGGACAAGGAUCUCUCUGGGAAUGAUGAUGAGAGCGUGCAGACGUCACCGCUGCAGCAUGCGGGCUCCUCGGACAGUCAGGAGAGGCAGCAGUGCCUGGAGAAGGUCCUACCCUUGAGCAGUUCUGGCGGCGUGCUGCCCUCGGACACUGGCUACGAUGGGGCACUCCACAGCUCUGUGGAGUCUGUGCGCAUACUGCGCGACAUUCGUGAGAAUCAGCUCAAGCUGCAGCGCCAGAUGAUGGAGCAAGAGCGCCAGAACAUGCGGGCAUUGCACAACAUAAGCCAGGAGCUAGCCCAUAUCUACAUGGGUGGCAGGAAGAGAUUAAGACUCUCCUUCCGUAGACGCACCAUCAAUGGAUUCAACAAAAAGUGCCAUAGAAUGAGUCCCAGUGCAGCGGCAGUGGGCGGGGGAGCAGGCAGCGCACGUCCAGCAGUGUCUGGCAAUGCCAGACGGCAGCUAAACAAGCACAACUUUGGUCUGCACGAGAUAGACGAGCAGUUGGAGCAGUGGCUAACGCAACAGGACAUUGAUGAGUUCUCAAAGACACUCAUACUGAAUGAGGGCUUUACCUUUGAGGAUUUCAUCUACAACAUGGAAAAGCUCGAUCUCAUGCGUUUGGGAUUGCGCGUUGGCAUUGAGGUGCGUUUGUGGAAGCUCAUCAUUCAGGAGCGUGUCUGCACUUCAUCCGAUUGUCUGGAUAGUCCGCCCAGCACCUACCACAAGCCCAUUGGUGGUGGUAGUGGUGGCUCCUCCCUGAACAACAAUACCCUGGCAUCGCCCACAACCACGACACCAUGCACACCGGGCACCACAGGCGGCAUCAAGACGAAGAUCAAAAAGAGCGAAAGCGAAUACGAUUCCUGCAGCGAGUGAACCGGAUCAGCCCGUCGUCGCCGCCGCCGAACUAAAGCAAUGCCUUAAUUAAUUGUUAAUUUGUAUGUCUCAUGUGCUACUAACAGCUGUUUGAAUGCCCCCCAUUUACAGGGUAUGCAGCAGUCACCUUAAUGGCACACAUUCUUCUCUCUCUCUCUUUUUUGGGGAAUGUCCUCAGGGUGUCCUCCCCUGCUUUUGUGCCUUUCCCUGCCCCCAACCCACCCUCACAUGCAUGUUAAUUUAUCAAACAACAAAAUGGAAUUUAAGUGCCUUAAUUUAAAACAAUAACAAAAAUUAAAAU